CGAUAUUCAGCUCAUGGCCCCAAUUUUACGCAAUCUUACAUGAUCAACCACCGCAAAUCGUUUGGCAUGUACACUUUCAUAGCCGUGGACGCUUGUAUGACCCCGGGAAUAAAACGUCCACACAACUUUUUCGGCCUCAUAACCGCGGAUCUCGCCAAGUCUCUGCAGUCCUUUUCCCUCAAGGCCUUCGACAGCAACCAAACCUUUUGGUUUAGCCACUAUCCCACAUCCACGAUAAUUUCACCCGGCUACGAUCUUCGCAGUCUAAUCGGCAAGACGGCUCACAGCUACUUCUGCGGUCAUUUGCACAAUCCGCUGAAUCUAAUGCCAAAUAUGUACACCGUGCAGCCACAGGGCUUCCUGGAGCUAGAACUUGCUGAUUGGCGGGGCGGCAGAUUCUUCCGGAUCGUCGCUGUUGACAACGACUUGGUGUCCUUCGUGGACGCCCAGAUGCACAAGCGCGACAGCGACGACUGGCCGCUUGUUUUAAUCACCAAUCCCAAGGACGCUGGCUUCUUGUUGCCGAGCAAGGAGCCAACUGAACGAAUCCUCAAAUCUACUCACAUUCGGUAUGUCGGUUGUCAAUAG